CGCCCCGUUUGGGGUUCCAUCACGAUGGCAUCGUCCGCGCUGCAGAUUCCCGCGGCCAUCAAGUCGAGCUCCUCCGCUUUCUCCGGACGGCUCCCAUCCACCAACAACAUCGGGUCGUCUACGGUAUCUCUGUCGGUUAGGAAAAAUGGGGUUUGCAGGUGCGUGGAUGCUCCUCCUGCGGAGCAGUAGACCGAUCGCCAGAAGAAGAGCAGCACACAUUUCAAAGUACCCUGAUGCACAAGUCAUAAGCCUUGGCAUUGGUGACACCACAGAACCCAUUCCAGAAGUUAUAACUUCUGCCAUGGCUAUGAGAGCACAUUCUCUCUCAACUGUUGAGGGAUAUAGUGGUUAUGGAGCUGAACAAGGGGACAAGAAACUAAGGGCUGCUAUAGCCUCAACAUAUUACAAAGACCUUGCUAUUGAUGAAACUGAUAUAUUUGUCUCAGAUGGUGCAAAAUGUGAUAUAUCUCGGCUUCAGGUCCUUUUUGGAUCUGAAGUGAAGAUGGCAGUUCAAGAUCCAUCGUACCCUGCAUAUGUAGAUUCAAGUGUUAUUGUGGGACAAACUAGCUUAUUUCAGAAGGAUAUUGAGAAAUAUGGAAACAUUGAAUACAUGAGAUGUGUACCUGAGAAUGGAUUUUUCCCAGAUUUGUCAACCAUUUCACAUGUUGAUAUUAUAUUUUUUUGUUCACCAAACAAUCCCACGGGUUCAGCAACAACAAGAGACCAGCUGAUCCAUCUGGUUCAGUUUGCACAGGACAAUGGCUCAAUUGUAGUUUUUGAUUCUGCUUAUUCCCUGUAUAUUUCAGACGACAGUCCACGUUCUAUUUAUGAGAUUCCUGGAGCAAAAGAGGUAGCAAUUGAAACAUCAUCCUUUUCUAAAUUUGCUGGAUUCACUGGUGUUCGCCUUGGCUGGACUGUUGUCCCGAAGGAACUACUUUUCUCUGAUGGUUUUCCUGUUGCCAAGGAUUUUAAUCGUAUAGUUUGUACCUGUUUUAAUGGUGCAUCGAACAUAGCACAAGCUGGAGGCCUGGCUUGCCUUUCUCCCGAGGGUCUGAAGGCCAUGGUUGAAACAAUCAAAUUCUACAAAGAGAACACCAAGAUAAUUGUUGACACAUUUAAAUCGCUUGGCUUUGAUGUUUAUGGUGGGAGAAAUGCUCCAUAUGUUUGGGUACACUUUCCAGGCUGAAGCGGGUUUGGAUGUGGUCACCACCCCAGGAAGCGGGUUUGGACCUGCAGGUGAGGGCUUUGUUAGGGUCAGCGCCUUUGGUCACAGAGCAAACAUAAUGGAAGCUGCCAAAAGAAUCAAACAGCUUUACAAGUGAUCUAGAUUGCUGUUGAAGACUGUUUUGGAAUGGUACAAUUGUGAUGCAGCAACACGUUGGUUUGGUUUGUUCAUCAUCACAUGUCUCGAUUUUAAAAAGAUACAUUUGUUCGCAGCGAGGAGGAAUAAGCAGCCUCUAGGGCAAAAUAUGAGACACCGUGAAUUUUCUGUGGCUUUUGGAAUGUUCUGUAAGGUUUAAUCACAAGGCUAUCAUGUUUUUGUUGA